AUGGCCAAGACUUUAAAAGAAAAGUUGAUGAUUAGGUUUGACAGAAUUGAAGACAAUUUACUCAAUGCUCAAGCUACAAUUCUAGAUCCUAGAUUCAAGAAACAUGGAUUUAUUAAUGAGGACAAAUAUAAUAGGAGUAUAUCCCAACUUCGUAAUAAAUUACAAAGCAGCAUAAGAACAGAGCAGUUAGAUUUACCUCAACAAUCAUCUUCUUCAGCACCUCAGUAUUCCAACUCGGCAAUCUGGGGAGAUUUUGACAAGUCUGUGGUUAAUGCUAUCGGUGGAAAUAAUUCUACAGCAGCAGGCAUAAUUGAGCUAGACAAAUAUUUGAAUGAACAAAUUAUCAGUAGACAUGAAAAUCCACUACUCUGGUGGUCAGAGCGACAAAAAGUUUACCCACGACUCUAUGAAAUAGUUAAAACUCGUCUUUGUAUCAUAGCCACAUCCGUUCCAUGUGAAAGGUUAUUUUCAAAGGCAGGACAGGUAAUUACAGACCGUAGAAAUAGGCUUGAAUCAAAAAAAAUAUCGAAGAUUUUGUUUUUAAACUAUAAUAUGUAA